AUGCCUUCCAUCCAAGCUCUAAAACACGUGCCUGGUUCUGCCGUAGAUUUUGGGGUAGCAAUUGACAAUGUGGAUCUGGAAAAUCUCACCGAUGACGACUUCGCCAUCGUCCACGACGCUCUAUACCACCACCAUCUCGUCUUAUUCAAAAAUCAAAAAGAUCUCUCCCCAAAAGCGCAGUACGAGCUGACCAAACGUUUUGAUCCGGCGUCCGAAAAGUACGGCCAUGACAAAACCGCUGAUAAUUCUAUCCAUGAAUACUUCAUGGGAGUCCCCGAUCAGCCCCAGGUCCAGAUAAAGGGCCACGGCUUCAUCAAGUCUUUCAUGGGCCUCCAAGACAUCAAGCUGUGGCAUCCUCAUCACAGCCGUACCCACCGUGAGGUGAUUUCUGAGGAGCAAGGCGACGCGUACACCCGCUUCAAUCGCUGGCAUAUUGAUGCGGCGUUGUAUGGUCUCAACCCGCCAAAAGUCACUACUCUUAUGGCGGUGCAAGUGCCCAAAGGUCGUCGCCAGACGAUCUUGUACGGGGAUGGUUCCGGGGAGGAGCUGGAUGCACCCCUUGCAACCACAGCUUUUAUCUCUGGUCAGAAGAUGUUCAACAUGCUUUCUCCGGAAGAUCAGGAAUUCAUCCGUACAAGCAAAGCGGAAUACGCACCACAUCCAUACAACUGGGUCAAACCCGCCAAAAUGCAUCCCACCGGCCUCAGCGUCUACACCGAAGGCCGUGAGAAGCUCGAAUCCGAGCUGCCCCCUAUCGAUCCUUCCAAGAUCCAAAUUCUCCCCAUGGCCUGGAAGAACCCGGUAACAGGUAAUCUAUCUCUGCAGGUCCACCCAGCUCCAAUCCGUAAGAUCCAUUGCGCCGAUGGGAGCAUCAUUGACAAUUUAAAGGAGGUUCGAGAUCUGAUGUACCGUCUUCAGCGUCCUGCGAUCAGUCCACAAUAUGUGUACGCGCAUGACUGGGAAGAGGGGGAUAUGGUGCUGUUCAAUAACCAUGGCCUGUUGCAUACAGUGGUGGGAUCGUUGAAACCGGAUGAUAUAAGAGUUUUUAGACAGUGUAAUCUGGCUGCGUCGGAGCCGCCAGAGGGGCCGUGA